AUGAAAAAACAAGAGGCCAAAGAGACCUUGCGUUUGGAGCUCGAGGCUCAGGAGACCCGUCGUCAAGCGGUGGUGCAGGCCGAGGCCAAUUUCGAUGCUGGACUUUGCCGAAUCUCCGGAUGGCUGCAAACAGUGGAGCAAGUCACUCUGACUCCAGCCGAACAACUUAUGAUCACGCCUCAAAUUGUCACUUCACAAGCAUCAGUCGUUGGAGCGACAGCCCCCACAAGCGAGGCUGAUGGAUCGCUGUUCGAGAACAGUACCCAAUGCGCCGGCAGAGGAGACUCGAUGUCACCCACUUUAUCCUCGGCCGAAGGGGACAUAGGCGAUGCAGAAGGACUUUCGGAGACGCCGGCUAUGCUUUGCACAAAAGAGAAUCUGGAGCAGUUGUUGGCCCAGCUGGAGACGGUCAGGCUGGAGGAGGGAAAGAUUAUCGCAGAUCUGACCGCCAUAUCUCGGCUCACUGAUGUCGAAGGCCUUCUCUCCGAAGCCGAUCCGGCUGGUGAUCGGCAGCGCGUUGCCGUCUUGGCGCAGUUGCGCUCUCGAUUGGCAACCUCACGUGCCCGUCUCACUGGGCGCAUUGACCAUAUAAAACGGUUGCUAGACAGUACAGAGGCCCUGGAGACGCGACUGGUCGGGCUCCGUGAGUUCGUUACCAAAACACAAAAGGCCCGAGAUCACCUGGUGUAUGCAACCACGGUUAUGGAGGACCAGGAGUCUAGGACAGAGAUGCAGUUAUCCUUGACUCGUGGCGAUGACAUCAAUCGACAGUUCGAGGAGGCAGGCCGCCAGCUGCGCCGUUUGAUUCAGCUGGCGCGUAGCGGAGAAACCGGAACCCCAAUGUCCCCACAACUGGACGUUUCUUUGCUAGAAGAGGAAUUGGCUGAAUUGAACGCUGCUUGGAAGCUUUAUGUUGACUCGUAG